CUGAUUCGGACUGCGCCCGGGACGCGCGGUCGGUGCGUGGCCCCGCGGUGCCCGCUCCCCGGCGGCCGGCGUGCGCGGACACUUUCAGGGGUCAGCUCAGCUCUCGGCAGUCGCUCGCGGAGGCCCCCCAGCCACUCCUCUCUGAGUCGCACCUGAUCGCGACCUCCUGGCGUUGGUGCUGUGCCCGGGCUGACCGCGCUGCGCCCUCCGCUCUGGAGAGACCUGAGAGACGGCGGCUGCAGAAAAGCAAACACUGCAGCGCGCUGGUCCGCUCCAGGUGGCCUGGACUGGGCUGUCCCUGCCCGAGCCCGAGCCCCAGGGCCCGGACCCCCCAGUCCAUACGUGGCUCACCCCGAGCCAACCUCUCCUCUCUCCGCAAGCCCCGCGUUCCUUCACUGAGGCUCGGGGACUCCACAAGGCUGGGGCAGGUCACUGCUGCCCUGCGGAGUUCCCCCUCGGCCAUGGCUCCUGGGGAGAAGAUCAAGGCCAAAAUCAAGAAGAAUCUGCCGGUGAGAGGCCCGCAGGCGCCCACGCUCAGGGACCUGAUGCACUGGUACUGCAUGAACACCAACACGCAUGGGUGCCGCCGCAUCGUGGUGUCCCGCGGCCGGCUCCGCCGCCUGCUGUGGAUCUUGUUCACGCUCACCGCCGUGGCCCUCAUCGUGUGGCAGUGUGCCCUCCUCGUGUCCUCCUUCUACACCGUCUCCGUCUCCAUCAAGGUCCACUUCCAGAAGCUAGAUUUUCCUGCCGUCACCAUCUGCAACAUCAACCCCUACAAGUACAGCGUGGUGCGUGACCUUCUGGCCGACUUGGAUCAGGAGACCAGAGGGGCUCUGAGGACCCUGUACGGCUUUUCAGAGGUGAAGUCUCGCAAACGCCGUGGGGCAGCGUCUGAAAACCCAGCCUGGGCCGGCAUCCAGCCCAAAUUUCUCAACACGAUCCCACUGCUGGCCUUCAGCGAGAAUGAGAAGGGCAAGGCCAGGGAUUUCUUCACUGGCCGGAAGCGGAAAGUCGACGGGACCAUCAUUCACAGGGCCUCCAAUGUCAUGCAGGUCCAUGAGUCGAAGAAAACGGUGGGAUUCCAACUGUGCCCCUCCAACGACACCAGCAACUGUGCCACCUACACCUUCAGCUCGGGCGUCAAUGCCAUCCAGGAGUGGUACAAGCUGCACUACAUGAACAUCAUGGCUCAGGUGCCUCUGGAGAAGAAAAUCAACAUGAGCUACUCGGCGGAGGAGCUGCUGGUCACCUGCUCCUUUGACGGGACAUCCUGCGAUGCCAGGAACUUCACGCUUUUCCACCAUCCCAUGUAUGGAAAUUGCUACACAUUCAACAACAGAGAGAAUGAGACCACGCUCAGCACCUCCAGGGGGGGCAGCGAGUACGGGCUGCAGGUCAUCUUGUAUGUAGACGAAGAGGAAUACAACCCCUUCCUGGUGUCCUCCACUGGCGCAAAGGUGCUAAUUCACCAGCAGAACGAAUAUCCCUUCAUCGAAGACGUGGGCACAGAGAUCGAGACCGCGAUGUCCACCUCCAUCGGAAUGCACCUGACAGAGUCCUUCAAGCUGAGCGAGCCCUACAGCCAGUGCACGGAGGAUGGGCGUGACGUGCCAGUGACGAACAUCUACAACGCUUCCUACUCCCUCCAGGUCUGCCUUUACUCAUGCUUCCAGACAAAGAUGGUGGAAAAAUGCGGGUGUGCCCAGUACAGCCAGCCCUUACCGCCCAAUGCCAGCUACUGCAACUACCAGCAAAACUCUAACUGGAUGUAUUGUUACUAUGAGCUGUACCAAGCCUUUGUUAAGGAAGAACUGGACUGCCAGACAGUAUGCCGGGAGACAUGCAGAUUUAAGGAAUGGACCCUCACCGCCAGCCUGGCCCAGUGGCCAUCUGAGGCUUCAGAGAAGUGGUUGCUGCGAGUUCUCACCUGGGACCAAGGCCAGCAAAUAAACAAACAGCUCAACAAGACAGACCUGGCCAAACUCCUGAUAUUCUACAAAGACCUGAACCAGCGGUCCAUCAUGGAGAGCCCGGCCAACAGUAUCGAGGUGCUCCUGUCCAACUUUGGUGGCCAGCUGGGGCUGUGGAUGAGCUGCUCCGUCGUCUGCGUCAUUGAGAUCAUCGAGGUCUUCUUCAUCGACUCCUUCUCCAUCAUUGCCCGCCGCCAGUGGCAGAAAGCCAAGGAGUGGUGGGCCCGGAAGCAGACUGCCCCCAGCCAGCAGGGCCAGGACAACCCAGCCCUCCAGAUGGAUGAAGACCUGCCCACUUUUACCUCUGCUCUGCACCUGCCUCCAGCCCCGGGGGCCCAGGUGCCAGGCACACCGCCCCCCAGAUAUAAUACCUUACACUUGGAGAGAGCCUUCUCCCACCAGCUCCCAGAUACUCAGGCGCCCAGCGAGCCCUGAGACAGGCUGGGAAGAGAGCUCUAGACAGGACUGCCCGCCGUGGCCUAAGGACUAAUUAGGCCCCAGACGCACAGGGGACCUCCUGUCUCUGCUCUAGGCUUUUGAAACAUGGCCUACAUGCCUACUGUGGACAGGACAGAGGUGGGCAUGGGCAGCAGAGCUGCUGGGUCCUGCCCAGCAGUGCCAUUGGCCAGGAUGAGCUAGACCCUGCGGCCUGAACCCAGCACAUCCACACGAGGAAGACUGCAGGCCAACGUACCCGCGCCAUCUGGGAGAGAGCCCAAAGCGAUCUUUCGCUGGGUGUCGAGAGGGAGAAGGAGGCCUGCAGAGCCCCGAACUGGGGUUCUGCCCACACCCUGGCUGCACUGGGGCAUGAGGAUACAGCUCUGAGUAGGGAGUGUGGACAGUGGCUACCAAAUGCCAACAAGAAGAGACAGCACCAGCCCUGGGGGCAGCUGUGGUGCCCAAGCCAUCCUGGGUCACUGGAACUGGGGUGAAAUGUCCUCUGCACCCCUAGGCAUGGACCUGGCCCAGACCUGGGUGUGUGCAUGGGAAGGCAUGCAGUGGAGGAGGGUGCAGGGUGUGGUAGGCGCAGGGCUGGGGCCAGAGCAGGUACAGGUCAUAUUUGCCCACUCCUGGCCAGUGGUGUCCUCAGGACCCAACCUCAGCUGCUUCUUUACCCACCAGCUCAGCGAGCACCCCUGCCUGGCACGAUGGCGCAUACCUGUAGCCCUAGCACUCCAGGAGGCUGAGGCAGGAAUGCCCUGAGUUGGAAAGCGCCCCCAGCUUACCUAUUUGCAGAGGCCCUGCCUCAGAAUGAAAAAUAGAAAAGUAGCUGUUCAGUGAGGGUCUGGUUUCAGUCCCUACAUCCAGAAAGAGAUAGAAACCCUCCUUCCCCUGCUGGCAGCAAAGGCCAGCCCUGCACCAACAAGCCAGCUGCCCCGGGCCCACUAUGCAGCACAUAGCUUCUGACCCAGUGUCAGCCCAGGAGCGAGCCCUGUGCAGGGCCCUGUUAAGCACUUCCGAGAAUUAGCCCGGGGACUGCAAACCAUUGCCCAGGGGCUAAAUCCUGUUUCAUUUGUAAACUGAGAAUAUUUUUUCCCACUUUGAAAUAGCU